GGAGCCUCUUGUUCUUCUUCUUCUUCUCUGCUCUCACUCGUUAUAAUCUCUAUUUUCUCAGAAGCGGAUCAGCUCGAGUGUUUGUCGAUAAGAAGCUGAAGGGUCUGUGUUUUUUUUUUCCUCUGAGGGGAAAGUGAGGAGCGUUUGUUUUCUCACCGAUGACUCUGGUCUGAGUUGAACAUGCAAACCUCCAAAGGGUUCCGGGUGGAUGAUUUCAUCGCAGGAUGGAUCGGAGGAGCUUCCAGUGUGGUUGUCGGUCAUCCGCUGGACACAGUCAAGACGCGGCUGCAGGCGGGGCGGGGCUACAGGAACAUGCUGCACUGCAUCCUCACCAUCUACAGGAAGGAAACGGUCAUGGGGUUUUUUAAGGGCAUGUCGUUCCCGCUGGCCAGCAUCACCGUCUACAACUCGGCCGUGUUUGGCUUCUUCAGUAACACGCAGAGACUCAUAAGCCAGUAUCGCUACGGCGACGGGCGGCAUCCGUGCGGAAUGCUGGAUUUGACCGUGGCCAGCAUGUUGACCGGCCUGAUGUCGGUGGGCAUCGGAGCGCCGGUGGAUCUGGUGAAGAUUCGACUGCAAAUGCAGACGCAGACGGUUCUCGCAGAGAACCUGCAGCUCGCUGGAAACGCGUCAAACGGCACCAACAUCCGUCUGCGCUCGGUCGACGUCCCGAGCCCGAGUCUGUACCGAGGGCCCAUCCACUGUGUGAGCAGCAUCCUGCAGACUGAGGGCCUGCAGGGCCUGUACCGGGGGGCCGGGGCCAUGAUCCUGAGGGACGUCCCAGGAUACACGCUCUACUUCAUUCCAUACACAAUCUUCUGCAACUUGUUGAAGCCGGAUGCUACGUCAAGUCCUCAUCCUUGUUCCAUCUGGCUCGCUGGAGGACUGGCAGGCUCCAUCUCCUGGGUCACGGCCACGCCGGCGGACGUGGUGAAGAGCCGCAUGCAGGCCGACGCCCAGCUGCAGAGGAAAUACAGGGGAAUCUUACACUGCAUCAUCCACAGCUACAAGACGGAGGGAAUACGGGUUUUCUUCUGUGGAGCGUCGGUGAACGCCAUCCGAGGCUUCCCGAUGAGCGCCACCAUGUUCCUGACCUACGAACUGUCCCUGCAAUUCUUCAGGAGCCUCUAGGACGAAGGACUCGGCGGUAAAGGACGCGCACGUUGUUCUGGACGGGAACACAAACCCCUGCUCAGAUUCGGCUGCUUCGUGGCCCGACGUUAACUUUGAGCACCGUUAAAGACUUUGAGCUCUUCAGGGCGAAGUCAUGAAAUGAUAAAGAUUCAGUCACUGCUGCUGUUCUGGUCACACGAUGACUGGUUCAUUGAUGAAGCUUAAUUUUGAGUCCGCUGGAGAAAGUGAAAGAAAAUAUGAUAUGAGUUCUAAUAUUAGUUACUGGAAGCAGGACAGUGUGAGUGUGGGAUUUAGUUUCACAGAGUCAGACGCUAAUUAAAGACGUUUUAAUCUGUUGAGGUAAGAAAAUGAGUCAGGAUGAAGAAGAGCUUUUAAACUCUUGAUAAUCAUAAUUAAUAUUUAGCAGCAAAUAUAAAACUUUUCAUGUUCUGUCUUGAGUAGAAGCCAGUGUCUCUGGGUGGUUUCGUUAUUAUCGCAUCUCAGUUAGAAUUUGAAACAUCCACUACCAGUCAUGUGAUCGUCUCUUCUUACACGUCGGCUCGUGGACGGCUCCCAGGUUCAGGUUCAGGCUGCGGGGCGAGGAUGUGGCCACCAGGGGGCCUACACCCUGUUCAUCCAAACACAGAAGCAGCAGUUGCUAAUAAAUCUAUAUGAUUACAUGGUAAAUAAUUCUAUUAAUGAAGCGAUAUUCAGGUUAUUUCAGGGAUGAGUUGAGGAUUUCUUAGAUUUUUAUCAAUUUUUACCAAAGAAGAAGUUUUUCUGUCUGAAGUUUGAGUCUGUUGCAGAACUCUGAAGCUUCUUUUUAACCGGAAAACACCAGAAACACAAUAAUCCAGAGUUAUUGCAAAGUUCUACACUGAUUUAUGGGUGAAGAGAAUCUUUGAGAUUAAAAAGUUGGUUACUAAAAACAAGCUUUAGAUAAAGUUUAAAUAGUUUGAACGUUAUAUCAUUGACCAUAUUUAAGAACGUCAUGUAAGUGAUUAUGAAAUCAGUGUUUUAGUCUGAAUGUGGAGUCGACGUCAGUGAACAAAGGCUCCGUGCACUUUGACCUCAGCAAGAGGGAGAAAUAUGACGUCAUGCUAAAAUAGAGUUUAAUCAUAUUUUCACCCCAAAACCGUAAAAUCUAAAUUUAAUAUAUUUUCCGUGUUGUUUGUUUUCAUCCCCUUUAGUUUCGAUGUUACAUGAAUGUGAGUCAAAUAUCUGACUUUGAUAUAAAAAGGUAAUUUUAUUUUGAUUUCAGUUUUAGAA